AUGGCAGCCUGCUGCUCUCGCCCAUCUCCAAAUCUCCGACAAGAAAAAGAAGGCUAUGCAGGCUCUUUCCUAGGCGCACAUGAGGCGAGCAUCUGGCGAGCAUCUGGCGACGGCUUCGAAGAUUUCGUAGUUGGGAAAGGCCAAGGCCUUAAUGUGCUCCUGCAGUACUCAGCCCACUAG